CCGCAGCCCACGUGGGCGAGGGAGCGCGGCGGCGCCGGCGGGCAGGCGACCAGCCGGUGAGCUGCGCUGCCGGGCGGUACGCGCUGCCUGGCUGGGCGAGUGGCCACCGCGAGAAAGACCACGAGGCACAGGCCUCGCCACAGGCUACUUUAAGAAAAAUGGCCCUGUCAGCCCAACAGAUACCCAGGUGGUUCAGCUCAGUUAAACUGAGUAGCUUCAUUACUGCUACCCGACUCAGAAAACGUUUUCAGAGACCAGGAAAAACAUUGUCGCAUCGCUUUUUCACUCAACCUCAGCUGUCCUCUGACAAUUGCUUUCUCCGGUGUGGUUUUAAGACUUAUAGGACUUCCUCCUUAUGGAAUCGUUCCCAGACUACCAGCUCAAAUAGUCAAGAGAUUAGUUCUGUCCAAAGCACUCUGCUUCCUGCCGUGAAUGCGCGGUCACAGAAGACACAGAAGAUACCCAGCUUUGACUCUGAGCCGUCUGAGGAAGGACUGGACGAUUUGCCUCCGCUGUCUCCACUGCAGCCAGUUUCUGAGGAGGAGGCUGUUCAGAUUAUUGCAGACCCUCCACUGCCCCCGUCCUCAUUCACGCUUCGAGACUAUGUGGAUCAUUCGGAGACUCUGCAGAAGUUAGUGCUCCUCGGAGUUGAUUUAUCCAAGAUAGAAAAACAUCCGGAUGCCGCCAACCUCCUUCUGAGACUGGACUUUGAAAAAGACAUUAAGCAAAUACUCCUGUUUCUUAAAGAUUUGGGUAUAGAGGAUAACCAACUAGGAACAUUCUUCACUAAAAACUACGCUAUUUUCUCUGAAGAUCUUGAAAAUCUUAAGACCAGAGUGGCUUAUCUACAGUCAAAAAAUUUCAGUAAGGCAGACAUUGCACAGAUGGUCAGAAAUGCACCAUUUUUGCUGAGUUUUUCAGUGGAAAGACUGGAUAACAGAUUGGGAUUUUUUCAGAAGGAACUUGAACUUAGUGUGAAGAAGACUAGAGAUCUGGUAAUUCGUCUCCCAAGGCUCCUCACUGGAAGUCUGGAGCCUGUGAAGGAAAAUAUGAAGGUUUAUCGACUUGAACUAGGUUUUAAACAUAAUGAAAUUCAACAUAUGAUCACCAAAAUCCCAAAGAUGUUAACUGCAAAUAAAAGGAAACUUACCGAGACUUUUGACUACGUGCACAACGUGAUGCGCGUUCCCCACCAUAUCAUUGUGAAGUUCCCACAGGUAUUUAAUACAAGGUUGUUCAAAGUCAAAGAAAGGCAUUUGUUUCUUACCUAUUUAGGAAGAGCACAGUAUGAUCCAGCAAAACCUAACUACAUCUCUUUGGACAAAUUGGUAUCUAUGCCUGAUGAAAUAUUUUGUGAAGAGAUGGCCAAGGCCUCAGUACAGGACUUUGAAAAAUUCUUAAAAACUCUUUAGUUUUUGAUGAAUGUUAAAAUGUAAUAAUGUAAAUGAAUGUAUAUAUGAAUAAAUUAAUAUAUUUUAAAAUAAA